GAUGCCGUUUCCAGUUACAACACAGGGAUCACAGCAAACACAGCCGCCACAGAAGCACUAUGGCAUUACUUCUCCCAUCAGCUUAGCGGCCCCCAAGGAGACUGACUGCCUACUCACACAGAAGCUAGUUGAGACUCUGAAGCCCUUUGGGGUUUUUGAAGAGGAAGAGGAACUGCAGCGCAGGAUUUUAAUUUUGGGAAAAUUUAAUAACCUGGUAAAAGAGUGGAUACGAGAAAUCAGUGAAAGCAAGAAUCUUCCACAGUCUGUAACUGAAAAUGUUGGUGGGAAAAUUUUUACAUUUGGAUCUUAUAGAUUAGGAGUACAUACAAAAGGUGCUGAUAUUGAUGCAUUGUGUGUUGCACCAAGACAUGUUGAUCGAAGUGAUUUUUUCACCUCAUUCUAUGAUAAGCUGAAAUUACAGGAAGAAGUAAAAGAUUUAAGAGCUGUUGAAGAGGCAUUUGUACCAGUUAUCAAACUGUGUUUUGAUGGGAUAGAGAUUGAUAUUUUGUUUGCAAGAUUAGCACUGCAGACUAUUCCAGAAGACUUGGAUUUAAGAGAUGACAGUCUGCUUAAAAACUUAGAUAUAAGAUGUAUAAGAAGUCUUAACGGUUGCAGGGUAACCGAUGAAAUUUUACAUCUAGUACCAAACAUUGACAACUUCAGGUUAACCCUGAGAGCUAUCAAACUGUGGGCCAAACGCCACAACAUCUAUUCCAAUAUAUUAGGUUUCCUCGGUGGUGUUUCCUGGGCUAUGCUAGUAGCAAGAACUUGCCAGCUUUAUCCAAAUGCAAUAGCAUCAACUCUUGUACAUAAAUUUUUCUUGGUAUUUUCUAAAUGGUAUGUGUUUAGAUUAUAUUAAAAUAAAAUUGAU